GUUCUCUAAACUGAAGCCAAAGGCAAAGGCAAAUCCAUUAGCAUCUCAGUAACAUGUUUCCUAUCCAGAACAUCACUGUUCUCGGGGCCUCCGGAGCCGUCGGAACCCUCCUAGUCAACGCUCUCCUCGCCUCCAACUUCACCAUCUCUGUAGUCCUCCGCCCCUCAUCCAGCGCUACCUUCUCAGCCUCUGUGACUAUCCACCACACCAACUACAACAACCUUGCAGCCCUAACCACCGCAUUCCAAGGCCAGCACGCCAUAAUCUCAGCCAUAGGCACCUUCAACGCCGCCAUCCAGCGCACAGCCAUCAACACCGCGGCUACCAUGCCCAGCGUCAGGCAGUUCAUUCCCAGCAAGUACAGAGGCGACACGUCACAGCUGGGGGGAGCAAAGUGUGAGAUUAUGGCGAUUUAUACGGGGUUAGUUCUGACGCUGACAAUUAUGCAGUUACUUGAGCUUGAAAAUGCAGCAAUAGGCUGGGAUCUCUCUGUACACUGGGUAAGUGUUUUUGAUUUGUGUAAUCAGCCGUUUGUCAUGAGUACGCUUAGGCAGGUGAUGAGGGUGAUCAUCUCUGUUCUUCAGCAUGAGGAGGAGGCGAGGAAUGCAUAUGUAUAUAUAAAGUUAUUUCAGCAGUGGUCUGGGACAAAGUUUAAGGUUAGACAUUUGAUAACAGAGGACAUUAUGCCGGCUGGAGUAGAUCAUCUUAAGCAGGGAGACUAUAAGCGUGGAUAUCUAGAGGUGGUGACGGCGAAUGGUGUCCUUGGUCUGCCAGAGGAGAAUCUCGAGGAGACUGUAAGGGAUGUGCUGAGGGAGAAGGGAUUAUUGAGGAGUGAUGUUAGUUAA